GGCCGAUUGAUAAUUCGCGAGAAUUUUUGAACGAAGUAGUCCCGAGUUUUCUUGCAUACUAGUUCUCGUGCUUUGAUGUUCGGAGGUGAUCGCUUCGGUGCGAAUGUCAGCAGAAGAAGGAAGAAAAGCACAUUUGACGAUGAGGAAUUCGUUGAUGGUCGCAGCUCUGACUCCGAAGCCUCAGAGAAUUCUACCGUUCCCAUCAAACGCGGAAGGGCACAGAAAAAGCCACUCCGCAAUGUGAACUCUUAUGACUCCAUACAGCUGGAGGUGACGAAGGAGAAGCAGAGAAAAACUCCUGCUAGGAAGCCCCGGGUGAUGAGAGGAAGAAGGCGCAAUGAAGAAGAAGACGAAAUGGAUGAACUCGAGGCGUCUAUGUCGGAAAGGAUGGUGGACAGAAUUGCAGCCCUGAACGAUGGAAAAAGAACCAAAGUGCAAAUAUCCAAUUGUUUCGAUAGCCGAACUGCUCUUGAUUGCAUCGAUGUCUGCUUGAGGGAGUCUGAGAAUAUGCAGGAAGAUGCUCUGGCACUGGCGCUAGCGACGACAAUUUACAGUCUUCGAGUGGAUCGAACCCACAACGAUGCGCAGGAAACUCGCUACACAUUCAUCCGCGGUAAAAGUGAUGCUGAGAAAGCCAUGAUGCUUGUUGCUGAUAGCAACCAGGAAAAUUCCAGGGAGAAAAAGAAACGAAAAAAGGCAGAAAAAGAAGCAGACGCCCAGAAGGCAAACGAGGGAAACGAAGAAGUUGAACAACCAUUAUGGAUGCGAACGAUAGAACCAGAUACAUUCGACUACACGUUUGGACUGAAGUUUCCCGUGCAGGGCAGCUUUUCAGAACAUUGGGAAUUUUCCGAAGAUCUUCUUGAUCAUAUUGAAUCCAGGAGGGUUGAUGUUAGAAAAACGAAGAAAAGGAAGAAGCUCAUGGCGUGGAAGAAAAUCAUUACACUGGAUUACUGUCCUUUCUAUACUGGGUUUGAGGAUGCCACAGCGAAGGUCGAGUCGGAUCGUUUUGAUUCCUUAGCGACCUUUCGUUUACGAAAAGGCAGCAACGGUACUUCAAUCAUGCUCCAUGAUGCUUCUACUAGGAAAGCCAUAUCUUCUAAAUCUGCCAAAGAUGUAAAUAUCUCCGUGGUGAAGCAGAACAGAGACAUACUUGCAAAUUGCCUCUGUGAACAACCUACGACCUGGGAGCAUUAUCUGCUUGAGGAUAAUCCUCAGUUCUAUAGAACAGGGCAAUACCUGAGAACUGGUGAUAUGACUGGAUAUGUAUUCCAGGAAAGACCGUUCUACCAUCAGUUCGACCCUGAUCAAGAAAGUGCUGAUGAUCCAAGCGAAACUUAUUCAUUCAUUGAGAAGAACGCAGACAGGACCCUGUAUACUUUCAAGAAACCACCGAAGGGUACUACUCUUCCAAGACUUGCUCCUCUCAUACGUGUUCCACUCAACAAAUAUGCCAAUCCAAGGAACAGAAGGGCCUCAGAUUUUUACCUCAAAGAAAAUAUCGAGAUUGUGCAGGAAGAUCAUGAUGAGGAUCUGGAAAGUUUAGAACGUGUACUUGAAGGCACUUGGGCAAAGAUAGGUAGCCAAAACAUGGAACAGGAAAGUUCUUCUGCUCGCGGAUCCAUGAAUCUCAGCGCUGAUCAGGGAUUUGAAGAGCUGAACGAAAGUGUAUAUCAUGGUGAAAGUCUGUUGGACCACCUCUUAGCGAAACAUCGAGAACACGCUCAAGACUUCGAAGGCCUUCGUGAUGAGCUUCGGAAACAGGCUCGAUCUUGCUGCAGCGAUGCUGCCGUAGAAUGCGUUGAGUGGAGUAAUGCUCUCAAUAGAGCUGCUGAUGAGGCCCAGAUAGAAGACCACGAAGUUGUUGAUUGGAAGACAACUCGUUUCCUGGAAUCAGUUGGCUUUCUCAAACAGAAAUCUUUCCCCGAAAUCCUCCAGGAACGAUUCGUUGAGCAGUCUGACUCGUCAAGUCCACAUAGACAAAAAAAUGAAGCUGCUGAGUUUUGGGGUACAGGGCAAAAUGCAGUCGAGCUACGCGUCAAGGAUGACAUUUUAUUUGGGAAAAUUCUACAUCUCCUCAAGCGCGGGUUUCACAAAUAUCUUCACUAUCUGGAUGCUUCGUAUCAUAUGGAGAUAUUCAAAUUUAAAGUGUCAGUGGAGCAGGCGCAUGAAAGUUUGAGAAAAGCGGAACGUAUUGGUGUUGGGAAGUCCCCCGAAGAGGUAGCUAUACUAAAGCAAAAAUGUUUCCGUCCUGGCCGGUAUCGAGGAAUCCGAGAUAGCGGACGAGUUCCGAAGUCGUAUCAGCUUGAUCCUUGGUCUCUGGAAAAGACAACAACAACAUACUUGGAUCGAUACUUCCAAUGUCGCGAUUACCCCAGACUGGAAGGUGCGUUGCUGCAACUCAGGAACGAUAUCCGUGAGGCAGUGAAGAAAAUUUCUUCGGAUUCAUGGUACUACAACACCAGUGAUGACUCUAAUUCUCUCGAACGAAGAAAUUGGACGGAGCGGGUCAAUGAAGCGGUUUCAUACUUCUCGACACGACUGAAUCGAGAGGAAGAAGCUGAACUACGACAAAGCAGAGCUCUUCCCAAACUCAUUCAGCGUGCUGUCAUGCCAAGGGUAUCCACCGAUCCUGUCGCCGCAAACCUGGAACCUGCUCCAGAUACCUCUACAGCGGAUGAAAAUCAUCAUGACGAAGAUGAAGAAGUUGUCAAUGAAGGAGAACAAGAACAUGUGGCUGAUGUUCCAUCUAUCAGUGGCGAAGAUUUCGCGGACGACAUUGGUUAUCCUGAAAACGAAGACGAUGGCGGCUUUGAAGAUGAGGCAUCCUCAACCCCAGAGACGGUCAACAAGGACAACCCGACUCACAAUAAUUCGGAAGAACCUGAAGCACUGAAGGGGAAAAACAAGCUUGAGCCAGAACACGUGGAAGAACCUCCGAAGAAAAAAGAAAAGAAGGUGAAGUUGGAGCCAGAUGUCAAAAUUGAAGAAACUGAACUUGAGUACUUCACAAAAAUGCCGCAGCACCAUAGCGUUUCCCUGAAGGAACGCUUCAAAAUUGUGGACCCGCGGACACUUGUUCGCAGUGAAGAUGUGAUCUUCACCCGUCGAAAGCCUUUUGCCCGACGACCUAUCAACCAGUAUAAGUUUGAAGACUUUAUCAAACCGGGACUGCUGCGGAAGGGUCGAUAUCCCAAUUUAUACUUCGAACCUGGAGAUUUGGACAGUCGCGCAGAUAACGUAUUCAUGGGUGUUCUGAGGAAGGCUACCGCCGCAGAUUUCAAGCGCAAAAACGAUACUGAAACAUCCGACACUGAACUAGACAUCUACGAUGAAUGGCUGGCUACUUUUGGAGGAUUUCGUGUUUUUCUUGAUGAAGAAAACGAUAACGAUGACGACAGAGCAUCUAAUGAGCAGGAUCCUUCGACACGCCGUUCACAUAAUGGAAAUGAAAGUGCUUUGCAUCAAGAUAGCAACCAAUUUAGUUUUGAUGAUUCUUCUGCUUCUUUUUUCUCAAGCGGGUAUACUACAAGACGUGAUCGCUUCAAUGAUAUACGUCCCGACGAGUAUAAGGCAAUUGGAAUUGAUAUCAAGAAUAUCGUGCCCAAAAAAGACUUCUACUCCAUGACUAAAGAAGAACAAACUGCAGCUGUUUUCGCCGAAUUUGAAGCUAUCGACGCAUUAGGGCCUAAAAAGGAAGAAGGCUAUACCAUCAGUAUCAUGGACUUUUCAUGUCGUGUAUCCUCGUAUCACCUGAAUACAGCUAGGAUGAAGCGUGUGAUGAAGUCAAUCUUGUCAAACCCCUUGCUUGCUUACGACAAGGUGCUUUACACUAGACGUGCCUUACUAGCGCGUCGGAGAUUAGAGGAACGACACAAGCUGGAUGACUCUGUAUCAUUGGAUCCAGCUGAAAUUUACUACAAGAAGUUGGAUCGGUCACUCGACUCUAGCUUAGGACCAGUUGCAGAAAAAAUUUUGGAGGAGAACAAUCCGAUGGAUAUCACUUCUUUGGAUCCUAUCGAUGUGCUCGAUGCAGUUACAUAUCGCAACUUGGAGGGAAUGAUUGAUGCUGAAGAGUUGUCGAGUAAUCGUAAAGAUUCCACCAAUAAGGGAGUGGAGGAAAGUAUGCGCCAGUUUGCAGCCGAAGUUCGGCAGUCUGAUUUCAGAGUUCAAGGUCUACAUACGUUUUCCUCAGUAAUGCAAUGUCUGCCUCGUAGAAUGGGUGCUUCCGGCAAACACGUAAACAUUGCCAAUGCAUUGGCUGUAACACUGUAUAUGUGUAACGAAAAUACACUGACAUUGAUACAAGAAAGGGCGCAGUCUGCGGAUUUGAACAAGUCAGUCAAUGAAGGCGAACCUUGGAUGGGCAACUUUAUCAUUACCAAUGCCUGUGAUGCGGCUUUGUUUGAAGAGGAGCUCCAUAACGAUGAAGGAAUGUCCUUCGAUAUGGAAGGGAAUUCCAUAAAUGGACAUGCAAUCGCUACUUAGGGAGUACCUAUCUGUUGAAAGCAUUUAGACCAAUAUUCCGCUUUUUUGAGCCAUAGGCUUUGUUUUGGAGCGGUGCCAGUUACUCAAUCCCAGUUGCUUGCAAAUGCUUUUUUUCUCUUCGAUCUCUAC